AUGACCGUAUGCGGCCUGUGGAGCCAUCAAACCCUUCCUCACGUCUUAUCGCCACCACCGGAGCUAUCAGUGGCGUCCCCACUCAACAAAUCCACAUCAUUCAAGUUAGCAUUCACGUCCCGUAUGUCACCCAAGUUACCCCAAGAGCUUUGGGACAUGGUCAUCGACCAUCUACAUGACGAUCGCGCUACGCUGCUCGUGUGCUGCUGCAUAUGCAAGUCCUGGCUUCCUUCGAGCAGAUUUCACCUUCGAGAUCACAUCCGCCUCCGACUUCCAUUCCUCCGGCCCACCGCCAAGAGCUUAUCUGCUGAGGAGCAGGAUGACACGGACGUACUUGCACGGAUCUCCCACCCCCAUCGAGCCUGCUCACUUACGAUCGAAUGUGCCUCCCGCGAGCGAUCUGUUUCCCAUGCGUCUUCGCGGCACGACGUACCCAUGCACAAUAGCCUGUCUCUUGCGGUGCAAGCGCUGCCGAGGCUUGUCAGUCUUUCGCUAAUCGGCCUACGAUUGCACUAUCCCGGCCACUCCUCCGGAGGCAGAAGGAUCCCUUACUUUCUCCAAGCCGCCUUACAGCUACCGCACUUGCGCGAAAUCGCUUUAACUGGAGUGACGCUUGGUGAACAUCCCAGUGUACCUACCAACGUUGAAAUCUCUCGAUCGCUGGAGAAGCUAAGUAUUAGAGAGAGCUUCGUGGAUGGGUCCACGCUUUCGUGGCUGUAUUGUCUCCUGCAACAAACCAAGCGUACUCACGGUACCUUCAUUCCUCUUCGCCAUCUCGACAUCCCCUUCAUUUCUUCUGUCAAUUUUACCAUUACCUGGUAUACCUCGCUCCUGGCGCAUUCGGGGCGCGAGCUACACCAUCUCGGCCUUCAAAUACGCUCUAUAUACGGUUUCAAUGGGGCGAAGAGAAGCAUAUUGGACCACGCAGGAUAUCCGGCGCUUCUUGGGGCGCUUUCUCAAUGCGUCAAUCUGCGCACGCUGGACCUAUUCCUAUACGAUUUGGAACAAGCAGCGGCUGCAAAGGCCAUCGUCGAAUACCUUGCAUUCCUGCCCGUCCCUCUUCCCAUCUCCGAGGUCAUAAUCUCACUGGAUAUGCAGAGCGUGUCCCUGCGAGACACGAGCCGCUAUGGCACUGCCUUGCGCGCCUUAGACACGCUCCUCUGCAGCUUUGGACAAGUACGUCGUGUCACGAUCAGGCAGACGUUAGCAGGCUCCGCUAUGUCCACCGGAAAUCCGGGUUCUCUAGAACCAGUAGAAGUUCGCAUAGGAUGCGAGGGAGCUAAGAUGCUGUGGAGAAAUUUGCCGGAGUUGCGGAAACGUGGUAUUCUUCGAGUUGAGUAA